AGAAGCGGCCAAGGAAAGUGGGAGAAACUAGAAAUCAGUAAGGAAACCCUAGCAAGGCAGCAGCUACCGCUUUAUCUUCUAUUCUUCUCCUCCCCGAAUUUUCAAAUACAGAGCGACCCUACAAUCCUAGGUCUGUUCUACAACUAUCCCUUUCCCCUAUAAGAACUAAACAAACCACCCCUUACCUACGCCAGAAAUGGAGAUCUGCACCUGUCAAACAACCCUCUCUUCUCUCCCUAGGCUCCCCACUUCCACUGUAAACGCCGCUGGACUCCUGUCCUCCUCUUCUGCAGCGGCUCUUCCAUGCCUCCAUUACUCUCGCUCCCUCAGCGCUUCCAGAUCUCUGCGGUUUACAGCGAGAGCGUCGGAGGAUUCGUCGACCGGGGCGAACACGCCUUAUAUCGUUGGGGGAACUGGCGAUUUUGGUGAGAGUAGUAGCGCGACGAAGGUAGCUGAAGAAAAAGUUCCGGCCGCCGUUAAACCUAAAGUUAUUUAUAAUGAAAACGGGGCGCCGGAGAAUGAAGGACCCGCUUUCACCGAGAGCUUAAAUGAGUUUCUCUCUGAUCUCAAUCUCAAGGCCCCUUCUUUCGACAGAAAGGCUGCUGCUUGUAUGAAUGUAGUAAUCUGUGCCAUUGAAUCUCGGUGUGAUAUUACUUACAUUGUGAACCUGCAGUUCGACUCAGAGGACACUGUUUCCCUUGUUAUAUAUGGAAGUGGAGCCCUGCUCGCUUUGUGGUUGACAUCAGCUGUUGUCAGUGCUGUUGAUUCCAUUCCAUUGUUUCCCAAGCUGAUGGAAGUUGUCGGACUUGGCUACACCUUCUGGUUCACAACCCGGUAUUUGCUCUUCAAGAAAAAUAGGGAGGAGUUGGCUACCAAAGUUGAAGAGCUGAAGCAACAGGUCCUCGGCACUAAAGAUUGAACAAACCGCCUUCAGAAUCGAGUUUUGGCUUAUAGGUUCACAUAAAUAGCUUAGCUAUCUGUAGGGAUAUAUAUAUGUUUGUGAGGGUUUAAUAUUCAUGUUAAUAGUCAAAAUAUAAAUUUGUUAAUAAUAAAAAAAAGAAUUUGUUACUCAUCAUAGCAAGUAUAGCUAGUUUUGUUUACCCUCAUUUCUGACUUCGUUUGGCAAUUGACAAUAUAGUCAAAAUCGUGCUUUAAUAUUUGUGAAAGGCUCGAAUAUAUGGACUUUUGCUCCUUCCUC